UUCCGAUCAGCAGAGCAGCCGAGCAAAGUAAAGAAACCAAGAGAGAUGGCGUCCAAGGCAUUCCCAGCUCUGGUCCUUCUGGCGCUCGUCUGCAGCCAGCUCGUGGUCGGCGGCCAUGCCCAGCCCUACAUCGGCGGCACCAGGGGAGGAGGAGGAUCUGCCGCCGGACUGCGGCCACCGACUUCCAUUACUACCCAUGCCCACUCCUCCACCACUGUUUGGGUUGGGGCCAUACCAGGAGGAUACGACGGGACUGGAAGGCCUUCAGCCGUGGAAGAAGACAAGGCUUUCAUGAUCAACAGCCUGCUGGCGCACGACCGCCUGCUUCCUGUCUCGCCGUCCGGUCACUAGACCAUGAAGUGCAGCCGAGCUUGGGACCAACGACCGAGUAGCCAGCACUAAGAAUAAAUUUGUGUGAAGUUGUCAUGUUUGAUUGGUGACUCUGUUUCUCUCUUGCAUCAUCAGGGGUAUAAAAAGCAGAGUACACUGAACUAGUACCAAUAAUGUACUGUUGAGAAAGUUGGGACUUGAUAGUGCUAUAUAUAUAUCAAGGAACAUAUAUAAUUUGUCGCAAAAUUU